UCAGAGCAGUCAGACAGACUGUUGUAGUCUGUUCUGCACAUUCACAUUGUUCUUUUAAUCAUGGCUGAUCUCCUGCUGCUAGUCGUUCUCAUGUAUUCUUUUCAUGCAAUUAAAGCACAAGACCUUCGUCCACCUAAACUGACAGUGAGCCCGCUGAUGAUCACAGAGACAGACUCAGUCACGCUGGACUGUCAGAAUCCUCUUCCUGUCCCUCAGUGUUAUUUCAUCAUUUCAGGAUAUAAAACUGAUAAAGUAGCUUCUUGUCUUUGGACUCUGACAGGAUCUGAAUUUCUGUCAUUGACACAUGAAAGUUCACCUGUUACAAUUGAAGUGACCUGUUAUUACCUUUUAGCAUAUAAAUCUCCAAUGAGUUUAAUGUCAGCAAUCACCAUACAACCCCCUCGACCUGAACUGACAGUGAAUCCACAGAUGAUCAUAGAAACAGACUCAGUCACAGUGAACUGUCAGACUCCAUCAUCUGUGACUCAGUGUUUUUUGUACUUUGUGAGAGGAAGAAAAUCUACGUCCAUCUCCUGUCAGCAGACAUUAAGAGGAACUGAGCUCCUCUUUAUGGCAGAGCAGAGCUCAUCCGGUGAGGUUGAAGUCACAUGUUUUUACAUGACAGAGCGUAAAGGAAGACAAUACCAGUCUCCUCACAGCAACAUAUCUUCAAUCAACAUACAAACUACUCGACCUGAACUGACAGUGAAUCCACGGAUGAUCACAGAAACAGACUCAGUCGCACUGAACUGUCAGGCUCCAUCAUCUUUUUCUGUGACUCAGUGUUUUUUGUACUUUACGAGAAGAAGAAACUCUACGUCCAUCUCCUGUCUGCAGACAUUAAGAGGAACUGAGCUCCUCUCUUUGACACAGCAGAGUCCACCUGCUGAGGUUGAAGUCACAUGUUUUUACAUGUCACAGCAUAAAGGAGAACAAUACCAGUCUCCUCACAGCAACAUAUAUUUCAUCAGUAUACAAACUGAAAAAAACACUUUGACCCCUGCACCUCCUACUGUUAUGAACUUCACAAGUGACACAUUCAUGAGAGACACAACUAUUGAUCCAUCACUUAUUUCUGGAAACAGUUUGACCUCUGCUCCUGGUACUCCCAUGAAUUUCAGCAGAGAUGCUACUACAGCAGAAAAAAUGAUGUGGAUGAUCGGAGCAGUGGUGAUAGUGGAUGUCCUCCUUCUUGCAUUGCCUUUUCUCUUUAAUCAAAGCAGGAUUGAGAAAUGCAGUUCCAUGAGGCAAGAAAUGUUAUUUCUCAGACAAAAAGACAAAGGCACUGGUAAAUCAAAAUGUGACUGGAAAUCUUUGGAUGGUUAUAGUGACACCUACAGUACUGUUACCUAUGACUGCAACACUGAGUGAGAGCUGCACAUCCAGUGGGAUAUGUCUGUGGACAUAUUUUAUUAUUAAAAAAAAAUGACUUUCUUCUGUUUUUCUGUGAUGUUCAUUUACCACAUAAGUCAAAAUAUUGGUUCUUCUACAGAAUAAGAUUUUCUUUCUGCCAUAGCAAGUGUAUCAUUACCCGACAUACAAACAUUACAAACAUAUUUGUAACAGUGGCAUUAUUGCAUGCAAAAAAUAAUUGUAAUUUAAAAAUAGGAAAGUAGUGUUUAACAGAUCCAAACCCUUUCUUUGAAUUUCAUUUACAAAUUAAAAUAAUUUUUUUAAAAAAAGAAGUGUUGCCAUGGUCCUUAUUGUUUGUUGGUCUUAUUGUGCCCCUUUGUGCUUCCAGUGUUUUUUUCUCUGGUUUUCCUUUUUUUCUCAGUCUUCCUGUUUAGAGUUGUUUAUCACUUCAAAAUGUGACAAAAAAGAAAAUUUGACUUUAUGGAACAAAGUGCGACAUCACACACUCUUAUGCUAGUGUCACUAACAUGUAACAUUUAUAAUCCAUUGUGUGAGCACCUGCAAAAUAUCUAAACAUCAGCCUGAGCUACAGAAAUAAUUAACAUGGUAACCUGCAUAAUGUCAGUGUAUUAGUACUGGCGUAGUGAGUGUGGUAAUAUGUUUAUAUGAGCACUUAGGUCAAAACAC